UCUAUGCAAUCUUAUUUGAAUUUUUUAAAGAAGACAAUAAACUAAUUCCACGGUUGACUGAUUUCAUGGCUGCGCCCAUGAUGAAAGCCGACGAUUGACGAAAGAGUCUGACGUGUGCAGUAUUAUGAAUAUAAAGAAUGGCUCAUCUUCCAUCGCAUCUGAAACCAAAGGGUCGCGGAAGAGGAAGAGGGAGCAACUUCAGUGCUACAAAUAACACCAAUGUUAGUUCUCUGGCACCAGGCAAAAAUGCAGAAAAGUACAAGAAUGCAGAGGAGAAGUUUUUACAGGCCAGUACGGCUCACCAGCAGGCUAUCCAGCAACACAUACAGCAGGAGGAGAAGGAAGAAGAGGAAGAAGACAUCGCUGAUGACAUCAUCAAUACUGUGUUUAAAUCUUACUCCUCUCUGUACAGCAAUGAAGGGGACACUACUAGAGACCAGGGAACAGCUCAAGAGGACUUGGUACACUCGUACCGAUCUAGUUCCUCCGCCUGUCUGAUCUGUAUAGAGACAAUUAAAAAGAAUGAGGCUAUCUGGAACUGCAGUGGCUGCUACGCUAUGUUCCAUAUGCAGUGUAUCCAGAAGUGGGUACGUGAAGGGAUAUAUCAGCAUGCCUACAAAACACCAGAUGGACAAACUCCCAGCAAGGACAUUCCUUGGCACUGUCCUAAAUGUAGAACAGAGUACCAGCAAAAAGAUUGCCCCUAUAAAUACUUGUGCUUCUGUGGGAAGGAAGUGAACCCCAAGUUUGACCCCUGGCUAGUACCUCAUUCCUGUGGACAGACGUGUGGCAGGAACUUGAAGCCAGAGUGUGGACACACCUGUCUUUUGCUGUGUCAUCCAGGAGCCUGUCCUCCCUGCCCUAAAACAGUCACUGUGACCUGUCAUUGUGGUAAACAGAAACCUAAGGUGGUCAGGUGUAGUGCUAAACAGUGGUCCUGUGGAAAACCAUGUGGGAAAAAGCUGUCAUGUGGACAACACAACUGCCAACAACCUUGUCAUGCAGGUGAAUGUGCUUCUUGUCCUAAAACAAGCAAGCAAUCCUGCUAUUGUGGAAAGAAAGUCACUGUACGGCCCUGUGCCAGCCCAGAUUGGAAAUGUGAUCAGCCUUGUGGUAAAACACUUUCCUGUGGAAACCACCUUUGUGAGAAGAUAUGUCACAAGGAGAGUUGUGGGCCUUGUCCAAGAUCUGGCCAGCGAUUCUGUCCUUGUGGGAAAACAGAAUACAACCUGCCCUGUACAGAGGAUGUUCCAACCUGUGGAGAUACUUGUGGUAAACUGUUGGAUUGUGGGAUACAUAAAUGUUCACAGCGCUGUCACACAGGAAAUUGUGGAUCUUGCCUACAAUUAGUAACAAAGAAAUGUCGAUGUGGACAGAAGCAAAAAGAGGUCCUAUGUUCAAAGCAAUAUUUGUGUGAAACCAAAUGUACAGCAAUGAGGGAUUGCAACAAACACCAGUGUAAGAGAAAGUGUUGUGAUGGUAACUGCCCUAGUUGUGAACAAGUUUGUGGAAAAUUAUUAAGCUGUAAAAACCACAAGUGUGCUAGUGGAUGCCAUAGAGGACCCUGUUAUCCAUGCCCAUUAACUGUACAGAUAACUUGCUUUUGUAAAGCAACUCGUAUCACAGUGCCAUGUGGGAAAGAGAAAGUCACUCGCCCACCUCGAUGUAACUACCCAUGCAGAAAACCCCCAAUCUGCCAUCACUCUAGUCAGAUCCCCCAUCGAUGUCACUUUGGAGACUGUCCCCCAUGUCGCCUGGUCUGUGGUAAACAGCUGGAAGGAUGUCCUCACUCCUGUCCGGCCCAGUGUCACUCAGCUGUUAAAAUGAUCAUCAGAGACAAUACUGUGAGAGCAGGCCCAUGGGAGGGUAGACCCACCGUAAAGGAGGAAAUUGUGUGUAAGCCCUGCCCACCCUGUCAGUUUCCUAUCCCUGUACAGUGUCUGGGACUCCAUGAGAUAUCUAAUUUCCCAUGUUCAGAAGUUCGUAAAUACUCGUGUGGCAGGAAGUGUGGCCGUCAGCUGGAAUGUGGGAAUCAUACAUGUUCUAAAGAGUGCCAUCUGGUGACUAAUGCCCCAGACAGUAUAAAAUGUGGAGAUAACUGUGAGGAAUGUGAGUUGGGCUGUCAGAAGCCCCGCCCCGAGGGCUGUACCCACACCUGCCCCACUAUGAAGUGUCACCCUGGCCCCUGCCCCCCAUGUAAGCAGAUGCUACGUAUGAGGUGCCACUGUCAGAUCAGCGUGCAGCACGUCAGCUGUGACGAGUGGAUCAGGGAGGUAGAGGAAAGAGAAAGUCUGCAGUCGUGUGGAGGGGAGUGUCCCAAACUGAUGCCUUGUGGACAUCCUUGUGGAGCUGUGUGUCAUGCCGGGGAAUGUCCCAACAUUGGAAAAUGUGAGAAGAAGGUCACAGUCCGCUGUAAAUGUCGCCGCAAGAAAAAGGACUUCCUGUGUAAAGAGGUCAAGGCUGGGAAAAAAUUGGACUGUGACGACAUUUGUCAACAAGAAAAGGAGCGCAAGAAGAAGGUGGAGGAAGACAAAGAAAAACAGAAAAAAGAAGAGGAAUUGAAAAGACAGCAAGCAGAAUUGGAGGAGUAUGAGAGAAAGAUGAAGGGAAGAAAAAGACGUCACCACAAGGAAACAGAAGAAGAGGAGAAGCCGUCAUUUCUACAGAGUCACAGGAAGAUUAUCUUUAUCUCAGUCACUGUAGCUGUACUGGCUGUGUUUGCCUUCUACCUCAUCAGUCAGUAAUAUACACAGAGGACCAGUACAAUUAAGCUAAAUUUUGUUUUCUUACUUUUAAUGCUUCAUCUGUGAAUAAACUGUAGAUUUUAAGAAUUAUAUGACAAGCUACAGGGAAAAUCUUUCACAAGCAAAACCCCCAAAAAAGUAAAAUGUACAAAGUCAGAAUUCUUAUUUGGAGAUGGAGGAGUGUGAUGGGAUUGAGGGAGGUUCCUACUUGACCAAGUGUGAGGGAAGGGGGACAACAAGCCUCUCAAUAUACAUUUCAACAGUAAAAGGUUAAGUUUGAAAAUUAAGGGGGGGGGGGGGGGGGGGGGGGGGGUGUGCGCACCAUCAUCACAAAACUUUAUGCUUGUUGCACUGUAGACAUUUUCCCCAGUUUGAUACAUUAUAGAUAAACAAUUCUCAAAGUAUUAUGAACAAUACUGUCCUGUAUGUAAUUGAUAAUAAGUAGAAGAUUAAGUAAAAUUAUAGAGGACACCCCCUCCCCUCCCACACACACACACACACACACACCCUCACUCACAAAAUGAGAAAAAAAGAUUUUCAAAAUUACUGAUAAUUUCAAUUUGCUUAAGAUUAGAUUCAUACACAUGAGAGAUUAUUAUCAACUUUGAUGAUAGAGUUAUUCUAUACUGUAAACAAUUUAAUACAGUGUAGUUAUAGAAAGUAUUUUUAUAGCUAUAAAAAAAUUUAAAUAAUUAAAUUCCACAUACCUGUAUUUUUUUCUUAGAUAUUAUAAUGUUGUAUUCAUAGAAACAAAGAUACUUAUGAUGGAAUUCUGAAUUGUGUCCUACCUAAAAAAUGAUUGUAAUCUGAGUAUGUUUCAUCAUAUUUCUGAUGUAAAAUUAUUAAAUUAAGAACUUUUUUUUUUCUGUGAUACACCUUUUGUCAUCUUUCAUUGGCAUGCUUCUCUUAGACAAUGGUGCUUUUUCUGUGUGCAUGAAUUGCAUUGUUUUAAUUUUGAUGCAAUUUUGAAAUGUUAUAGCUUAUAUUUGAUGAGAGAAUUUAUCAAUAUUUAAUGAUUUUGUCAUGGUAUGAUAAGCCCGGUGAUCUUGUCCUGUUUAGAGAGCAUUCAUUAUGGCUUAUCCUAUCUAUUCAUUAGGCUAAUUGUGUUUGUUCUUGAUAGUCCAUUCUCAGUAUGCAGUUGUGCUGUUAACUUUCACUUCAAUAACAUUAGAACUGUUUAAGUAUUCCAUGUUUUGUAUCAAAUAUUUGAAAUGGUCACAUUAACUUUAUAGGACAUUAAUUUUGGGGUCAAGCUAAGGUGAAGGUUACACCUGAGCGUUCACUAACAUUUCUGUUGGAGGUACUUAUAAGGAAUUUUGGUGAGCGCUCUGUUAAACAGGCCUCUGGUCAGUACUGUGAUGGUAAUGAAUGCUUGUAUGUAAUGCAGUACUUUAAUUUCUGCAUUCUAUGCAACACUGGUAGGAAAAAGAGAGAUACUUCAGGUGUUAAGGAAACUCGGUAAAGAAGAAGAUGAUGGCUCUACUAUGCAAGAAAAAUAUUGUGAAUUGUUAUUCAGCUAAUGACUUUAUGUGUAUCCCAAUGGUGUGCAAUGAAGUUUGGAGUUUAAAGAUAAGUUUUAUUGAUGUGUACAUGUAUGUGUUUACAUUCAUGUGAUGCAGGAAUGAGAUUUUUUUUAUAUUAAACUAAUGACCUAAUUAUAGGAUGUAAAGAAUUUAUGAUUUAGGUCACAGGUGAAGGUCAAUAGUUCAUGGUUAUUGAUUAUGAGUAUACUGCAGGAUGCUGCACGAUAUUACUAAAUCUGUAGUUUUCAUAUUAUUACAAUAUGGAAUCUCUCAAAGUAAUUUCUUUUUCUGGUGCAAUGCAUGUUAGAUGAGUUAUCCCCAUUUUAAAUAAAGUCAAUGGAAUGGAGGUGAUCAUAUACUGUAAACCAACUUUUAUUCGCAUACGAGAAAUAUUCGUGAGUUUUGUGACCUACUUUAAGUCGUGAAAAUUAAUUGCAGCGAACCAUUUAUUUUGCUUUGUUUUUAUAGAAAAUAUUUCCUCAUUCGUGAAAAUGAAUCGUCACAGAUUGAUUUCAAACUGACGAAUCGCGAAUAAAAGAUGACAAGAAUAAUAAUUGGUUUACAGUAAAUUGGGGACAAUUCUUUUUAUAGAAUGUAAAAUUUGCAAACUAGGACUUACCAUAUUGCAAAGUAAAGACAUUCCAUUUCACUUUCUUUUGGUUAGAAUAUUUGUUUAAUGUUAUAUCUGUAUUUGGUGGUUUAACACUAUGAUAGCUGUUGGCAUGGUUAUUGUGUUAUUUUGUUGUUUAUAUGUUGAAUUGGAUAUGAACAGGAGUAUUCACAAAUAAAAAAAACAAGAGAUA